GUUGUUAAGUAACGAGAGGGGGAGACAGACUGGAGCGGAGAACGGCCGCCGUACUGCUGGAGCUUCUCAGGGACUAUUAACAGGGAGUGCAACCGACGACUGAGCUAAGAGCUGGGGGUAUGAGAGCCGCCAGAAUCCGCUUCCAUCCUCCACUACCCGGACUCCUGUCCGACUGACAACCAUCGGAUCAGAACCUCCACCAACCCAGCUCUCGGACGAACCUAAUAUCGGUGACAAGUUGGAACCAUGGAGCUGAGAGUUGGGAAUAAGUACCGGCUCGGGCGAAAGAUAGGGAGUGGCUCUUUUGGAGACAUUUACCUUGGUGCCAACAUUGCCACUGGUGAGGAGGUAGCCAUCAAGCUGGAAUGUGUGAAGACCAAACACCCACAGCUGCACAUUGAAAGCAAGUUCUACAAGAUGAUGCAAGGAGGGGUGGGUAUUCCAUCGAUAAAGUGGUGUGGUGCAGAGGGAGACUACAAUGUGAUGGUAAUGGAGCUGCUUGGCCCUAGCCUGGAGGACCUCUUCAACUUUUGCUCCCGCAAAUUCAGCCUAAAGACUGUCCUGCUUUUAGCUGACCAGAUGAUAAGUCGUAUUGAGUACAUCCACUCCAAGAACUUCAUCCAUCGAGAUGUAAAGCCUGACAACUUCCUGAUGGGGCUUGGCAAGAAGGGCAACUUGGUGUACAUCAUUGACUUUGGCCUGGCCAAGAAGUACCGUGAUGCCCGCACACACCAGCACAUUCCUUACAGGGAGAACAAGAACCUCACCGGCACAGCACGCUACGCCUCCAUCAACACACAUCUUGGAAUUGAGCAGUCCAGACGUGAUGACCUGGAGUCUCUCGGCUAUGUCCUCAUGUACUUCAACCUGGGCUCGCUCCCUUGGCAGGGCCUCAAGGCUGCCACCAAGAGACAGAAGUAUGAGCGAAUCAGCGAGAAGAAAAUGUCCACACCCAUUGAAGUUCUUUGCAAAGGAUACCCAUCUGAGUUCUCCACAUACCUGAACUUUUGCCGCUCACUUCGUUUUGAUGACAAACCAGACUACUCCUACCUUCGACAGCUCUUCAGGAAUCUGUUCCACCGACAGGGCUUCUCUUACGAUUAUGUCUUUGACUGGAACAUGCUCAAAUUUGGUGCCAGUCGGACGGCCGAGGAUGGGGAUCGGGAGAGGAGGACGGGGGAUGAGAGGGAUGAGCGGAUCGGAGGAGCCCCCCGGGGGUCUGCAUCGCGAGGCCUCCCUCCAGGACCAAACCCUGGAGCUCCCAACAGAGUCAGGAACGGUCCAGAGCAAGCCAUCUCUAACCCUGCCUCUCGGGUCCAGCAGUCUGGGAACACGUCACCACGUGCAAUUUCUCGUGCAGAACGAGAGAGGAAGGUGAGCAUGCGGCUCCACCGUGGGGCUCCUGCCAAUGUAUCGUCCUCUGACCUCACAGCCCGUCACGACCAAUCAAGAAUUUCUACGUCACAGGUCAGCGUGCCAUUUGAGCACAUGGGAAAAUAGAAUUUUCCAGCUCUGCAUGCAAGUAAAACUGACAGGGCUGCAAGGUAAAUUUGCCGCUACAAUUUAUUUUCCUUUAUUCUUACUUUGUUUUAGUAAAAGAUGAUUGCUAAUGGACAUGUGGGUCUUUGGAAAAGGACAGCAAUUCUUUCAGGAUCCAGGAAAAUACACAAAGCAUUUGUUUUUUUUUGUUUUGUUUUUUUUUUUCCCCCAUGGACCAUCUUACUGAACCUUCAUCGCUACCACAAUAUAAAUGACAAAGCUGCACCUUGACAGUUGCUCAUACCUGCCCUCCUCUUCCUCAAAGCAUUCCCUCAGCACUCUGAAAAAUGUGAAGAACUGUUGGCAUCAAAGGAGCACAAAGGUAUCAGUGACAUGCAUGUGUUUAAUUAAAGGUUGAUAUAGGCUUAAGUUUAAAAAAUAAAAUGUAUUUCUCAAUUUUUAAAAGCAAAAAUAUUUGAUUUUGAUGAAAACAUUGGCAUUCCUCCCUGUUCUUAAAGGGGGCCUAUUAACUUGUUUCCUGCUCCAUAUUUGAAAUCUGGGACUCUACUAGUAGUCGUAACUUUGCAUUAUUCACAGUUCAGAAUAAUCUGUACUUACCUUACACUGGGCCUUGCAGUCUCUCACUUCAUCCCGUCUGAAACAAGCUGUUUCAGCUCCCUUCUCAGCCAACUUUCUUCUGCUUCAACAGACCUGUUCUCCCAAACAGAAGGUCUGAUGAGAUGACCAUACUGGGGUGUCCCCUCUCUGUGGCGAGUAGCGAAAACUGUUUGAAACUGAGCGUUUAGAGCCAUCUGAAGCCUAAACUUUUAGUUCAAAUGGAAUACUUGUACAGACACCGACCUCAUUAUUUGACAUUUUGGCCAAGUUUAAUAUGAACAUCCACCAAUUUAAUACCAUAUAUAUGACAGAAAGUGAGGCAAGGCAUAAUAGGUCCCCUUGAUUUUUUUAUUUUUUUUUUUUUUAAAGAACCGCUUAAAUAUAAAUAAAUGGAGACAUGUAGGUGAGAGGAUAGAAGGCAAAAAGAAGGGUAACUUUGAAAAAGGAAUAGUAAGUGAUGUUUUAGCUGCUGUAAUGUUUCUGGUGAAGUAGCAACUGGUGAUUGCUUGUCCUUCAUCCCUUUUGUGAUGACUUGCUGCCCCUCAUAAUGUAGCCAUAGAAGUCUUCACCACAUAUUUGCCUGUUUUGACUUGUUUUUGUUCAUUUUAUUGUUAGUGGAAAUGGUAAAGCAUGAUGGUAGAUGCAAAGACACACUCUGAAGUCUUGAGGGAAGGUCCUCAGGAAAUUCUCAGCAAACUGAUAUAUUCGACCAGAGACCACAGCUGCCCAUUUUGGCAGACAAAAAGUGGCUACAAUUUUUAUGAUAGUUCUUAAUGUUACCUUUUUUAUUCUUUUGUUAUUGAGGUAAUAAGGGAGUGGGCAGGCUCUUUCAACAUUUGGGAUCACAUUUUAAGGGUGGGAAUGGGGGCAUCCAAUAAUGUUUUUCUGUUUGUUUACUCCAAUGUAAAUAUUUUUUAUUUCAAUGUAAAGCCAAAUGUGGUAAUUUUGUUUUAAAGUGUAAAGUAGAAAAAUGAAUACUAACAACAGAAAUGGGGGCUGCAUUCAGAGUUUGGGUAUUUAAAAUACUAAAUUGUGGGAUGGAUUACUGUUGCUGUGCCAGCUGGGUCAUCCAACAUUUUUGUGUGUGUGUGUGUGUGUGUGUGUGUGUGUGUGUGUGUGUGUGUGAGAGAGAGAGGGGAAGUGUGAUAGUGAAUCCCUGCAAAGAAUAAUAAAUUAACUUUUGUCUUAGUUUGUAUGGAGUUUUUUCAGUCACUGUAUUUAUGUUAAACUGUCCUGUAACUUAUUGGAAGUAAAUUUUUUUUCCCCGUUUAAAGCCUGUCCACCUCCAUCAUCAUAUAAUACUUAGGGCUUUCAAUAUUACUUCUGCAAAAAUGAUAUGCUAAUAGUUUGAUGUCACCUUUUGGAUUUGAACCUCCAGCAACCUUGACGAUGUCAUUAAGAAGAAAGUGUAACUGAUGCAAUUUGCAGGGAUUUGUAUAUAGCAGUGUACUGAGUGUAAUUACCUUUGUACAGGCCACCAUGACCCAGUGGCAUUGUAACUGUUGGGUUGGGGAUGGCAUGGAGGAGGAUGAGGAUAUGGGGAUUUCACUUAUGUAUUGUGUACUGAUAUCAUGUACAGUUCUUAAACACUCUUUAUUUACAGUAUUUGUGUAUAUUUUACGAAGUAAUAAAAAUGAAUAACGUUGCU